GAGAAAUUGUUUACUGGUCAGAGGGUUCCUGAAAACAUUCCGGAGGUGUUUUGUGUUGAGUUCAUUUACGCAUUUUCACAGAAUUCAGCAUGUUCCUUGUAGCUGUAACUGGCGGAAUCGCCACUGGAAAGAGCACAGUGACACAGGUAUUCAAGGAUAAUGGAGUACCGGUCAUUGAUGCUGACAUAAUUGCUCGAUCAGUUGUGGAGCAAGGAAAGCCUGCCUGGCACAAGAUUAAGAUGGUCUUUGGCGAUGGCGUGCUUACGGAAAGUGGGGACAUUGACCGGGAUGCUCUGGGGCGUCUCAUCUUCAAUAGCGCCGAAAAAAGGAAGAUCCUCAAUGAAAUCACUCAUCCGGAAAUCCAUCGAAUUAUGUACAAACAGAUCAUCAAGUACUUCUUCCUGGGUCAUCCAUUUGUCGUACUCGAUCUGCCACUUCUCUUCGAGACGGGUGUGAUGUUCCAGUUUAUCCACAAAAUCAUCACAGUCACAUGUGAGGAGGACAUGCAAUUGACAAGACUGAUGGAUAGGAAUCGAUACUCUGAAGAGGAUGCCAAGAAGAGAAUUGCCGCUCAAAUGCCGCUGCAGCACAAAUGCGAGAAAUCUCACUUUGUCAUCGAGAAUUCCGGAUCCAUUCGUGACACUCAAGCUGAAACUCUCAAGAUCCUCGAACUUCUCCAGGAGAGCAAUCAUCACUGGAAAUUACGUGGGAUUCUUCUCACAACGGCGGCCAUUCUAUUCUCAGGGAUUGCAUGGUUCCUUCAUCAUCGAUACAAAAUUUUCCCACUGCCACAUAUCCAGUAGGAUGAUCUACAUAUUUUCCAUUCUUAGUCCUUUUGCGGAUAAAAUUCGUGUUGGAUUCUGUUCUUACCUUCCGGCUGAUGGUGUCUUUAUUAUUUUUUGUUGUUGGUUUUUAUUGUAAUAUCCAUGUAAUGUUUUUUUUUGUUGGUUCUUGUAAAUUCUCUCAAAUUCUAGUAUCCAUAAUUUGUGAUUUAUUUCCCAUUAAAAAACGAAAGUGGAAUUAAAAGCUACAUUUAUCCUUGAA